AUGUAUAAAAAGAUAGCCUACUUGAAACAAAAUUGAAUCAAUUUAAUAGGGCCUGAAUUUUAAAAUGAAUUCUUUAACUACUUUUUAUUCUGUGCUAGCGCUGCUUUUUGGAUAUCAGUCCUUUGCGGAAUACCAGGGAAUACGAGAGAAACGAUUUGUAGCAGACGAUGGGCUGAUCCCAGUAAAGAACGGUUGCAAGCAGAUGAUAGACGCCUCUACUGACGGCAACAUAUUAUCACCUAAUUUUGGCUCGUCUAACUACCCGUCAGAUUUGAUAUGUACGUGGAUGCUGCAGGCACCCGCUGGCGAAAUAAUACGACUACAGUUUAAUACAUUCAGGCUUGAGAACACGAGGCGAUGUUCGAGGGAUUAUUUGCGGAUUUUCGAUGGAAUCGAUGCAUUUGCAACCGUUCUUGGUAAUUUAUGUGGGAACUUUAUUCCCUCUGACGUCGUAUCAACAGGAAACCAGAUGCUGCUUAUGUUACGAACAGAUUCCACCAAUGAAUAUGAAGGAUUCAAUAUAACGUACAUGCCUGAAAAUGAAACAGUUACUGUCGAAGUGUUGAAAGAAGAUGGUUGCCAUGGUGACGUGAAAAUAUUAAAUGAUACACGUGGGUUUAUUUCCUCUCCUGGAUACGAUGGACACAGUCGGUAUCAGCACAAUGUGCGAUGUAACUGGUUCAUACAAGCGCCACCUGGCAGCAUUAUAAGGCUAAUGUUCGAUGAUUUUUUGACAGAGAAAAUCGCUGGUUGUACCUAUGACUAUGUGGCUAUUUACGAUGGAAACAGCAACGUAUCGACCAAACUGGCACAAAUGUGUGGCUUAAUGUUCCCUGAUGAUAUAUAUUCAUCAGGGUCAUCACUUUUCCUCGAAUUCAAUUCAGAUGCUGACGUUGCAGGAACUGGUUUCAACCUGACAUAUAAAUUUAUGCCAAAAACAGAUGUAUGCAAUAUGUUUCAAUGUGGGGAUGGAAGUUGCAUAUUCUACGAAUUUGUGUGUAACAACUUUACAGAGUGCCCGGAUUCUUCUGACGAAGCUGUAUGUGAGAAUAACCUGUGCGGAAGACCAGCCAUACAGCCAGUAGAAUCUAACACAAAGAUAGUUGGUGGACGGAUGGCGUUGUCACAUAGUUGGCCAUGGAUGGUUUCGCUCCGGAUUAAUGGCAGCCACACGUGUGGUGGAGCAAUCAUACAUGAGAAAUGGGUUUUAACAGCAGCUCAUUGUUUUGAAGGUAAUCGACACACAAUAGAAUGGACAGUGGCAGCGGGCAAAAUCAACAAAGAGAAAGCAGAAAACGCAGAACAGAUACGCCACGUGGAGAGGAUUAUUGUUCACUCAAGCUAUUACUACGUGACAACAGUGAAUGAUAUAGCACUGGUUAAAUUGGAAUCACCAUUUAAUUUGAAUAGUUAUGUCAGUACUGUAUGUCUACCAGAGGAAGAACCAAAACCUGGACAGUAUGGCUUUGUUACAGGAUGGGGAGAAGUUCUAGGCACAUGUUGUCCAGAUGUACUGAAGCAGGUCAUGUUACCUAUUAUUCCAAGAAGUUUAUGUAUAAAACCCGAUCACCUAGGUGACCAAGUAACAGAUGAAAUGUUUUGCGCUGGGUAUGAACAAGGUGGACAAGACGCAUGUCAGGGAGACAGUGGUGGACCUUUCGUUGUUAAAGAGUCGAAUGUUUGGCAUAUUCAUGGAAUCACAUCGUUUGGCUCCCUUUGUGCAGCGCCGAAGUCUCCGGGAGUCUACACAAAGGUAUUCAGCUAUGUCAACUGGAUCAGGGAAAAAGUUGGAGCUAACUUUUAAAUGAUAGAGUUUGUUAUCAAACCUUAUGUCUCUAUACAUGCUACGUCCAGCUGUAGAAGCAGAAAUAAAGAUUGCCUGAAGCGUUUCAUACCCUUGAAUAUGCUUUAAAACUUUUAUUCAUUCAAUUUAAUGUUGACUGAUAUUGAUUACAUAAAGAAAAAACUUCAACGAAAUACAAUUGUUUGAAAUUGAACUGAAGUUUUCAGCGCCUUGUAAUUACAAAAAGCUUACUGCUUGAGUCAUUCAAGAUGUGAUUAAUUUAAAACAAAAAAAGCUAAAGAUACCUGCUUGCUUAUCAACGCUACAGUGCUAUAGUUACUAUAGUCAAAGCUAUACUUAAAGUGAACAAAUAUUACAUUUAAUGCGUUUAUCUUCGUUUUGUUGGUUAAGAUGAUGCAUUCAUGUUCCCAGUCUAGCCCACAUCUCUCUCAUAUUAAUAGAACUGAUUAAGUUUUAUCAUGUGUUUAUUGUGUCACUAAGGUAAAGUUUCUUCAGAACGUUUCUUGUCAAAGUAAAGCAUAAUCAAAGAGUCCCUUACGCAUUAAGACCUACAAAAAAACAACAGGGCCAGCAAAUUGAUAACUUUUGUCUAAUAAACUGUUCCUGAUGAGCUGUUAGUAUAGGCGACAAUUGGACAAAGCUUUGUACCGUCUCAGAAAUCAUUAUGUUUACGUAUACUUAACAAAUUAUGCUUGAUUGCUGCUCCAUCGAACUCGCAUAGACUAAAUUUUGUGCCGCCGCAGGGAUCAGUGUUUUACAUGGAAUUUCAUAUGGAGAGCUUUGAAAACGUCUCCUACAUAAGACACAAGGACGAUCGAGGCUUGGAGUACGAUAUGUUUCAACGACGUUUGCAAGUGGCCUUUAAGAAGUAGCCUUGGACAAAAUUUCGUACCAUGAUAUGUCAGAAGCUUUACAUAGACUUACAUAAAGAACGCAUUAGUACUCUUUUUUUCUCUAAAAGUUAAUGACCCUUAACUUUGAAUUUGCGGGCUAGGUUUCAAAGUGGUUUGACAAAAUGAUACUUGGGCAGCCCCUCUACCGAAAGUGUUACCUAUUUUAGAUGUUAAAAUAUGGUGAUUUCACCAUAGCUUCUUUUAUUCUAUUGCAUACCUGAACUUUUUAUGAAUAAGCUUUAAUUCUGGAUUUUAUUUUACUUUCUGAUGCUUCGAGGACUAAUGUUUUACCUUUCAUUGUAUAGAGUCUUACUACUGAAUGUUCCUUAAUUAAAUCUUAAUGCUAUUAAUUUCUCACCACGUGUCGCAAAUACGCAUGUUUCAUUUCAUUUUCUUUCCCUGAAUGAUACCAAUUCAAUAUUCAAACUUGAUAUAAACUACUUAUCAUGUUAGAUUAGUAUUUUAUAGAUCAAAAUUUUCUUUCUAAGUGGUUGUUAAAAUUUGUUUUAUUGGCAGAAAGGUCUGCAAACAAAAUAAAUGUCCUUGUAUCUUGAAUCUUGUAACUAAUUGUAUGAAAUAAUGUUGUCCAGAUUAGUAUGCUAUGUUGGAGUAUCUUGAAGUUUUGUAAAUUGUUUAUUUCUGAUGCUAAUAGUAAACAUUUUACUUUAUUUAAACAUUGUAAGUAAUGUCAAAAUCAUCAUAACGCGAUUAUGUUGACGUUAGUGAUGGGCAAAUCGGUCAGAUUUGCCAACCGAUUAAUCGGCAUAAUCGGACAAGCCAACCGAUUCGAUUAAUCGGAUAUAAUCGGAUAAUCGGUUACUCUAGUUGCAUAUCUAUAAGUUCACCUUACAAUGUAUAUUUUAUGUCAUUACUUACGAAAUGAACCUCACAGACAUCAAAUAUCCUAUUUCUGUUGUAUCCCUUCAUAAAUAUGAGUAAGAUACUGCAUAAAAGUAAAAUAUUUGUGAAGAUAGUAACCUUCUAAUCAGGUACUGUCUUAAUUUCACCAGGGACUUAUCCAGUGAUAUUAUGUUAUUAAAUUAAAAUUAUUUGGAGCAAAAAAAGUAUUAACGAUUUAUUAAUUCUUAGUUAACGGCUGGAAUGAUUUCAAUCCCACAAAAUCAAAAAUUGAAAAUACUUUUGCUAAUAUGCUUGCGUAAGUCUUACGUUAUGCUAUGCAUACUGCCAUACUAAUGUCAAGAGUUUAGGCUGAUGGUUUUCCCGGCUUAAUUUUGUAAAAGUCAUAUAUCUUCCAAAAUCUGGAUGAUCACAGAUGACAUCAAUUUCUUUUGACACUUUGGAGGAAGCCAUUUUUACGUAGAGUAGUUUCCCUUGGCGUAAUUGCCCCAAAGAACCGUAAAUACCAGAAAGAAAAAGGUCAGAAACAACUAAAUUAUCCGUUAGGGUGACAAGUAAUUAAUCGAUCAGGGAAAAGUGAAGUCGGCGAUCGCGCUCAUGAAUGCAACGCCGACGAUUAUUCGAUUGUCGCCGAUUGUCGGCCCAUCACUAGUUGACGUCACUUCGACGUGAUAUUCAGCGUCAUGUACGCAUCGGAUAACAUCGCUUCAAAUUUUGAUCAAAUAUUUUACUUACAACAUACACACUUUCGGAAGGACUAUAGAUCUAUAUCAGACUUCCAUUUACAAUUCAAGAUCUGCUAUACUCGUUCUUUCGCGGAGUAAUAUUGCGCUCCUAAAGUCGCGCAAUAUUUCCGCUGCAGAACUCGUGCAUAUUUCUCGAUACAAAUCUUAUAACCUAUAAAUACUUUACCAGUGCAGUUCAAUGAACCGUAACUAAAAAACAACUUUUUGUGAACUGUCGUCAGGGUGGUCAACUCACGUGACUUUGGAUAUCGUACGGACGGAGAAAAUGUCCCGAUUUAGGUAGCAUUUUGCCUAUAUUUUUCCAUAUUACUUGACGGAUUUUAGAUAAAGUGCACCGAAGGGAGAAAAAUGCUUUCCUUCGCACAAAAUGUCUGCAAUCAAUUCUCGGUGCUUUUCUCUAACACUUCGCCUAACUGCAAAAUAGUGUACGUUAUCGACGCACUUUACCUUAAGCCCCCAUCACACCAAACUAGUUCUCAAAACGUCCUAACCCGUCCAAAAAUAUUGUAAAACGGGCUGCGAUCUGGCUAGAACGUAUGAAAUUUGGCCGGAAAAUAUCCAUAACGCGAACAUAGUUAGUUCUUAAACAGUUCUUGAAACAUUCAUUGCGUCGUUAUCCCGUCUGAAGUACGUUUAUAGUAAGUUCUGUUCGGAAAAAAUGCCCGUUCACCUCAUGUCAACACCGUUUGUAGGCAGUCAAAGUCCGUCUAUAGUCAGAUUAAAGAAGUUUGUAACUAGUCCUACUUCGUUCCGAGUACGUUGAAAUACGUUCUAACUAGUUGUUAACUCGACCAACUCGUUCACAGACAGUUUAACUCGUUCUGAAUACGUCCUCAUCUCUCCCUAGUACGUUCAGAACGUAAAUUGCAAUCACGUUCUGACCCGAUGGCUAUCAAAAGCCAUCACGUUUCGCCCAGUUCUCCUUCUCGUUUGUCUCUUCAACCUCUCAAGACACAAAAAAAAAAACCUACAGCAAUAGGCAAGUAUCAAUAUGACUCCAAAGAAAAGUGAAGCCAUACAGAGACAGGGUGUAAAGUGUUAAAGCAGUAAAAAACCAACGUCUUACAAAAGCCGAUACAGUCUCCUGAGUCGGCUCCUGAACGUAAAAGUUGAGAGGAUGAGUGUCUUAAUACAUUCCCUGCACCUUCUGACGACUCUGUCUCCAAGUCCGAAGAUGAAGGAGGACAGAGUCAGAAACCAAAAGGCAUAAACUUGGUUAAAUCUUGUGCCCAAAUCUUGAACCUGUACGACAACGGCAUGUAUUUAUACCCUAACUUGUGCAAUUGUACUGCAUAAGGGAUCGACGUUGUAGGAACUGCGAAUAAACGUACUAAACGUACUAAAAACGUGCGGAUCGUGCUGAGAACGUAUUGUAAACUCUUAGAACUGUUUUGAAACGUAUUGCAAACUUAGUAUUUUAUUUUGAUCGUAUUCAGAUGGAAUAACGACGCACGAAGGAUGUAAUGCGGUCGAGUUAAGUCUUUCUGUGAACGGGUUAAACGAGCUACAAACGGAUUCGGUCGGUGUGCACACGUACUUAAAUUGACCCCCGAUCGCAUUACGUCCUACUAUGUCUCUAGUACGAUCGACGUACGGCGGUUCAGUUCUUAGUACGUCCAUCUCGUUUCAAGUACGUUGUCAGUCCGUCUAACUGUAGGACGGAAUGAUCGGCAGAAAUUUUUGAGUAGGCUCAAAGUUCUGGAGCACCAUUCCCGUUCAACCCCGUCCGAGCCAGUCCAUAAAGUUCUUAGACAGACUGUAGAACGUCGCUACUGCGUUUCCGUUGCCACACAGUUUGAGCCCGUUCGGCUACUUUUUUAGAACGUACUGAAAACGAGCUUGGUGUGAUGGGGGUAUUAUGAAAAUCCGUCAAGUAAUAAGGAAAAUAUAGACAAAAUGUUACCUGAAUUGAGCCGUUUUCUACGUGUGUACGGUAUCCAAAAGCCACAUGGGUUGGCAACCCGGUGUCGGGUUCUUGACAAAUUGUAUUUUGUCCAGACAAUAGACACUAGCCUAUCAGUAAAAAGCUUGUAGAGUAAUUCAGAUACAGUCAUGGUAUCAUAGCUCGAGAAGCAGCUUUAUUUAAAUGAUAGGCGAUUUUACUACUGCUGGGCCAAUGUUUUUAGGAUAGGUACAUUUUUAAACCCAAAACAUCAUUUCAACGUAAUAUAUGUAAAUUUCUUUCUUCAAACACCUUUUGGUCAUCAGACAAAAAUAAUUUAUAUGUUUUUUCAGAAUGUUUCAGCUACUUUUUCUGAAAUGCUUAAGAGCGAUAUGUGACUCUGAUCUUUUGCAUAAUUAGAAAUAAGUUUACAAGAAAUAUUAUGUAAUUAGGAAAUAAUAAGUAUAUCUCUGAUGUACAUUAUAUUUAUCAAUAUCCACAAUGUGUUUUCCCUAUAUUUUUACAUGUCUCUGGGAAUAGUGAAAUAAAAUCACUUAAUUUC